AUGUCUAAGGUACCCAGGAAACUACCACAGCCCAACAAGGAUAUGGAGCAACCAACCUCAAGUUCUGAACAGAGGAAAAAGACAAAGAGUCCCUAUCAACCCAGGUCCAAAGGCGGUGGCAAGGUGCUGAAGACAACCCUGAAGGUAAAAAGACCUGUUCAAAGGAGUUUGAGUAAAAAAGUAUCAGUAAAAACUACCAACCCUACAAGAAAGCCUAAAAAAGCUGGAACACCAGUCUUCGGUCACUAUCACAGCCUGAAUGAGAGACUGAACCAAAAUGAGCCAGAGCAAGCCCAAGAGAAGGUGGAGGUGUCUGCCACAUCAAAUGAUGACCCGCGCAGCCAGUAA